CGGUCUUCUUUAAAUUUGGCAUUGACACUGAAUCUUCGAGUUGUUUUGUUUGGAUAAUUUCUUGAAAUAUUUACAUAAUUCCUUAAAUUUAGAUUUCUUAGUUUAUUAUUUAUUUUUAAAUAUUAAAUAUGUCUUGUUUAAAAAAGAAACGUAAACCAAUGGUUCCUUUAAAAACUUUAGAUAUCAUAUUCAGACGACGAUAUGUGCCAAAUACCCAGCAUUACUUUGCUAACAGAAAGCAUGCUGUUGACGCCGGUGAGCCCAAGCCAAAGCGGGUUAGACCUUUUAAAGUGCCAAGAUCUGAAAAAUUAUUGUCAUACAUAAAGUAUAGUGACAGAAAGGAGAAAGUUUGUGCACGCGAAAGGCUAAGUCAACCUUUACAUCUGAAAGACAACUUGAGAAUGGCUGCAACUAGAGACAUAUCAAAGAGACUUUUUUUAGAAGAACCAGAAGACGACGUUAGGGCAGUUGUUGAAAUUCAUCCAGAAUUCUAUACCGUUAUUGAAGGCCGACCGUUAAGAUGUUUUGACGAUAUAAAAGUAUAUUUGAACAAUAUUCGUGCCUACGCUAUGUUUCGCCAACAAAUUGGUUAUCGUCGGGAUCUACUUUUGAAAAUAGAGCAAAGCGUGGUAGAAGAAUCGAGAAUACACGACGGAAUAGUCGAAGAGUUAAAAGAACACAUUAAAAAUUUCCAAAAGUUUCUCACUGAAGACUACAAAAAAGCUUGUGCAAAGGUCUCAAAAGCAGAAAAAGUUUUUACAGAUUUGGUGGCGAAAACGAAUGAGUUUCUUGGUUAUGUUUCAAAACGGACAUUACUCAAUAACAAAGUUUUUAAAUUAGACGCAAUAAGGAAUGUUUUAAAAAUUUAUAGAAGGUACCUAAUAUUUGUAGCUCCACUUUCUUGGAGACAACAAUAUGAUGAAACGUUGCGUGGCAAAGUUCAAUCAAUUCAAUUUGAAUAUGGGACAUUUGCAACUGACACUGAAGAUGAUUUGGUGGAAACGUUAGAUAUUGAUAAAAUUAUAGAUGCAGCCAAAAUAGAACUUCAAAAUCCUUUACCUAAUUAUUUGUUUUUUAAAACGCCUGAACAAACUUUAUCUAUGUUUCGUACGAUGGAAUUACAAAGCAGAGAAUAUUUGAAACAAUUAGCAAAUACCGAUGCCCCUUACCGGUUAUUACAAGAUAGAAUCAAGCAAUUAAUUCUUGCAACAAAACAAGAACUUGAUUAUUUUCAAUAUUAUAUCGAUACCAUAAAUGAAGCAAUAUCUAGAGAAACACACAAUGAAAAUCAUUUGCAAGAGAAGUUCUUUCGCAUACUAAAUGAUACAUUUUACGACAACAUAGCGAGUUUCAAUACAUUAAAAUUGAAAAUAUGUAUAGAAUAUGUAUAUGAACAAGUAUUUGGGAAAUGUGAAGAGGGUCACCAAACUCUUCAAGAUCCUAUGAAAAUUUUGGAAGUUAUGUAUGAAGAUUAUAACUUGCGUUUAGAUUCCUUGGAUUUCAAGAUAGUCAACCAAGCAAAGAGUGAUUUCUUCGCUCAAGAUUUAAGAAUGUUAAGAAAUGCAUAUGCAGCCCAACGAGAACUAAGAGCUUUUAGAGAAAUGACUAACGCUAUGAAUAAGGCAUUCUUGCCACCAGCUAAAUAUACAAGACCAGUUUUCAAAAAAUUUGUGAGUAUGAGGGAUCUCAGACUUAUAAAAUCUGCUGAAAGAAGGAAAUCGAUGGCAAUGUUUUCAAGUCGAAAAGUAAGACCUAGAUUUAAAAUAUCUGCAGAAGAAAGGGAAGGUUUGCUUAUGUUCACAGAGUGGUGCGAAGGGACCGAUCCAGCGCCAUUUUUAAAAGAAUACUACGCUUAUGUAAAACCUGCAUUUCAAUGGGUACCUCGUAAAUCCGUGAUGUACUAAUAACGAUUUAUUUAUUUAUUUCUUAUUUGUAAUAUUCAUAAUAUUAAUAAAUUUAUACAAGUA